AAGGCUCGGCGGUGCGAAUCCUCUUGCAAACUAACCCUCCUCUUCCUGAGCCUGUCCAACUCUUGGGAAUAGUAGGACGGGCCCGAGAAGCCCAUUUCAAACAUGUAGGGGUGGACUUCUUUGGGAGCUACGGCCCGAGGCUGAGCCACGCUCCGCGAGGUCUCCGGCGAGGGGUUCGAUAAACGGGCACAGCUAACCCUGACAGGAAUCCUGACGAUCAGGAGCCACCUUGCCGGUCAGCCGUACGCCUCUAACUACAUUUCCCAGAAGUCUCCUCGGCAUGAACACGUUCUCGCGUGAUUUCAGCCUCAAAGUCACGCGCUGGCGGGACCCUCUGGUCUGGCACCGGCAACUUGCAGUGCUGUGGAGGGUUCUGCUGCUCUGGAAGCUUGGGAGGCCUGUGGUGAGGACCCGAGGGGAGGGCGGGGCCAGAGUCGGAGCCUCGGCUUUGUAUGGCGGAGGAGCUCUGCUGUUUUCCAAAAGAGGAGCCCAGAGGAGGACUGGUACUUUUCUGCAAAUAUCAAAGCCAUGGCUCAGCCCUGGAAUCAAGAUGUGAGACCAAGAAAUUAUUUCUGAAGAAGGAAAUUAAUGAAAUAGAGUCAGCCCAGUGGGAGAUAAUGGAAAGACUUACAACACAUGACCUUCAGUGCUCUAGUUUCAGAGAUGAUUGGGAAUGUAAUGGCCAGUUUGAGAAACAACAUGGCUCUCAGAAGGGACAGUUCAGUCAACUGAUAUUCACCCAUGAAGGCAUGCCCACUUUCAGUCAGCAUCCAUCCUUUACCUUACAGCAAAUCAUUAAUAAUAAAGAGAAAUACUGUGCAACUAAGGAAUUUGGGAAAACCUUUAGACAUGACUCACAGCUUACUACACAUCAGAUAAUUCAUACCAUUGAGAAACCCUAUGAAUGUAAGGAGUGUGGGAAGGCCUUUAGACAUCCCUCAAGACUCAGUCAUCAUCAAAAAAUUCAUACUGGCAAGAAACCCUUUGAAUGUAAAGAAUGUGGAAAAACCUUUAUUUGUGGCUCAGACCUUACUCGACAUCACAGAAUUCACACUGGUGAGAAACCCUAUGAAUGUAAGGAAUGUGGGAAGGCCUUUAGUAGUGGCUCAAACUUCACUCGACAUCAGAGAAUUCACACUGGUGAGAAGCCGUAUGAAUGUAAAGAAUGUGGGAAGGCCUUUAGUAGUGGCUCAAACUUUACUCAACAUCAGAGAAUUCACACGGGGGAGAAACCCUAUGAAUGUAAGGAAUGUGGCAAUGCUUUUAGUCAGAGCUCACAACUUAUUAAACAUCAGAGAAUCCAUACAGGGGAGAAACCCUAUGAAUGUAAGGAAUGUGAAAAGGCUUUUCGUUCCGGUUCGGACCUUACCCGACAUCAGAGAAUUCAUACUGGUGAGAAGCCCUAUGAAUGUAAGAUAUGUGGGAAAGCUUAUUCUCAGAGUUCUCAACUCAUUAGUCAUCAUAGAAUUCAUACUGGUGAGAAACCCUAUGAAUACAGGGAAUGUGGGAAGACCUUUGAUUAUGGCUCACAACUUAUUCAACAUCAAAAUUUGUACUGGUGAUAAACCAUAAAAUUUAUGAAAUGUGUGGGAAGGCUUUAAAUUAUAGCUCAAAACUAUUCAGCGUCGAAGAAUUUAUCUUGAUAAUAAUCUCUUUAAAUAGAAUAAUGUAGAAACAUCUUAUUUGUUGACUGUAGCUUAUUCAGCCCAAGAAAAAUCAUGUAGAAGAAGCAGUCUGUGAGUAAAAUACAUCUUGGAAGCCCUUUAAUAAAAGCUCAUAUUUCUCUUGACAUGAGAUAAUUCAAAUCUAGCAAAUACUGAAAAUGACAGCACUUUUGACAUCUUUCUAAUGUUAUCUUAGCAUAGAGAAUUCAUGCUGAAAUAUAAUCCUGUGAUUUUCGUUUUCUUUUUUAUCCUAAUUUGUGUGUAGUUGUUAUAUUCUUAAUCUUUUAAUCCAUCUUAAAUUUUAUAUGACUGUAAAGUCCCUCUGUUUACAUCAUGGUUUGUAAAAUACUUUUAUUUUUAAAAUACCUUUAAUACUUGAGACAAAUGAUGUCUUUAUUUUUGAAGAUGGCUUGUUCUUUUGACUCUACAAAAUUUAGGCUUUCUUAUUGUAAAAACAUUCAUGAAUAACUGUCCAUUCAGUAAAUAGAGAUCCUUUAAUAGUUUUAUGGCAUUUCCUUAUGUUGCUGUAAUAUUAUUUUAUUGAAUCUCUAUUGGUAGACAUUGUAGUUUUCUCCAGAAUUUUUGCCAUUAUACACAGUGUCCUGAUGGACAGUCUCCCUGGGCUUUAUCAUUGUAUCAUGUCUUCUAUUUUAGUUACAGAAAUAAUGCAUGAAUAUAUUUUCCUUAUAAAAGAUUUAAACAUUGCAAAUAAGGCAGACAUACCCUUUGAUCACCAUUCUUGUACCCAUCUCCCUUCCCAAAGGAGUGAUUAUUUGUUUAGUAUUUAUCUUUCCUGAACAUUUUUCUAUGUUUUUAUACAUAUAUGUCUUGGUAGAAAUUAUAAAAUGGGGAUAAUUAUAAUAUCUACCUCAUAAUUUUGUGUGAGGAUCAAAUAAAUUAAGACACAUAAAGUGCUUAGAAUUGUGCCUCUCAUAAUAAAUAGAUACUCCCUGAA